GGGUGGAAGCCGUUAGGCGAGAGAACAAGUUUGUGCGCGUGCGCGCGGCCCCUUCCCCCCUCGGGUACGGCGGCCGCCAGCGGACACGCGAGCCAUGGACGCGAACGCGGAGGGGGGCGCCGCCGCCGAGCUGGAGUGCGGCAUCUGCUACCUGCCCUACGACCGCGGGGCGCGCGCCCCGCGCCGCCUCGGGCCCGCGCACGGCGCUUGGCGCCGCCCCGCCCCCUGCCGCCACGCGCUCUGCACCGCUUGCCUCUGCCGCCUGGCGCGCGACCAGAGCUGGGAGGCGGUCACGUGCCCCUUCUGCCGCACCCCCACCUCGCUGCGCGUGCGCGGCAGGGGCUGGCAGGCGGGGACGAGGAGGCGGAGCAGGAGCAGCAGCAGCCGGCACCGCCUGGCCCUGCCCCCCGUCGACCCCGAGCUCUGGAAGCGGAUUGGCCGGCGGGAAGAGGAGGCGGGGGAGGAGGAGGAGGCGGUGCCUGGCAAUGACGUACCGGAGGAGGCGGGCCAAUCGCGGCUGUGGCGGGCGCUGAUGAAGCUCCUGCGAGGGGGCGGCAGCCGCAGUAGCGCGCGGGAGCGGCAGCCAAUCAACCCCUAUUGUCCAGAGAUGAAGGAUCUCGCCCUCAUGAACUGCUACAUCAUGUGAGGCUCCAAGCGCUAGCCACACGAGCUGGGGCUGGCUGCUCGUCAAAAGGCUUAGAAGACUCUUGGGAGAAACCAGCUCUUUCUCUCCCCCUCCCCCAGCAGUGCUGGCUGCGCUUCUCCUCCAGGCAGGUAGUUACUGACAAACUGUCCGAUCUCAUUAGACUCCAUCAGCUCUGUGGGACUCAAUCAUAGCACUGGAGCUAGAGUUCCUGGUUCUCAUUAACCUGCAGAGAGAGAUUCCCGAGGCACCAGCGACUGGCGCGAUUGCUUGCGGCCUUGACCCGUCACUGCUCAUCUCUGUUGCAAGCAGGGAGACUUGACGGGGGCUGUUGGGUCGAAUCAGCCGCAGAGAUCUGACUGCCUGUCGCCAUGAGGCCUGGCGGCUGAUCAGUUUGGAGGCUGGCAUCCCAACAACUUGUCUGGUCCUGACAUCUACAGCCCCUGAAAUGCCUUACGUGUCCGGCUCUUCCACUCUCCACCCCUCUCUGCCGUAUAAAAUGCCAGUGAUGCCGCUGACCUACCUACCAGCAGAUACUGUAAAUAUCUGGUGGAAAGUCCCAUAUGGGCAAACUCUGAGCCUCAAGUAUUAACUGAUUCAGACAGCAAGGUUAAGUCUGUGUGCUAACGAACUAGUUAAAAAUACCCCUCAAACCCAUGACCUCUUUCUCUGCGAAUCCCAAUGAAAAGCCUAUUGCUGUGGUGGUGUUGCCAAAUUAUCUGCCAACCCUUAUCCUUUACCAUUGCGCAAGUUAGCAGCCCGAUCUGGAGGCAGAAUUCCUGUCUGGCCCCAGUUUCGGAGCACUGCAUGUGAAACUGUUGCAUGAGGCGAAGGUUUCAGACGUCCCCAAGCAUCUCUCGCCGAAGAGGCUGGCUUCUUGGUGCUCUCUGCUAUUGUAGCAUUUCUGUGAAAUGAAUUUAAGUAUUGAAGAGUUUGAAAUAGGGAAUGUGUGUAUGUGUUGUCUUUAAUAUUUAACUAUUGUAACUUAUAUUUAAUUUUAAUAAAACCUGAGAUGUCAACGCUUA